AUGGCUACCCCGUUUAUUAUUUCGACGCCUAAACGUUCAAAGCGCAAAAAAAAGGGUAUUCACAAAAGUAAGAAAACCUAUGUUUAUGGGCUGGUCAAUCAAGGGAACAAUGUUUGUUUCCUUAAUGCCGUGCUUCAGGCUCUUGCCGCUUUACAUAAUCUGCGCAUAUAUCUUGGCAGGAAAGCAACAUCUAGAGAUGCACAGGAUGAAGAGCGCCCUAUGACGAUUGCCUUGCACGAAACAUUGGAAAAGUUGAAUGAACCCUUAGCAACUCGUGAUUCGUUCGUUCCGAACAGAAUUGUCUGGGCUCUGCAGGCUAAUGCGAGACGACUUAUUAAUAGACAGCAACAAGACGCACAUGAAUUAUUUCAGCUUUUGUCGGAAUCAUUGGGAUUGGAGGAUGAAGUCAGUCGACGGCCAAAGUCUUUAUUGGAUAUUGAUACCAUUCGAUUUCUAACUGGCAAUAACAAGGCUAGGUUGAUAUGUGACCGUAACCCUCUAGUCGGUUUGACAGCAUGCAGAAUUUCCUGUAUGAAAUGCAAAUACUGCGGGCCAAUUCGACAUUCGACGUUUGAUAACAUUUCAAUUCCUCUCCCCAAGCAACAAGUUGUAACUCUUGAAAACCUUCUCCGAACAUAUUCCGAGAUUGAAUUCAUCGAUGAAUAUAAUUGCCCCCAAUGUAGUUUAUUCGAAACUUUGGCUGUUGUUGAGAAGGAAUUGAUAGAUCGAAAAGACGAUCCAAACAAGGAAUAUUUACGGAAAUUGAACAAAGACAAGCAAAUUAUCAAGACAGCACUUGUAACCGAUGUGGACAAAGAGAUUGACAGUGAACUGGAAGUGACGAAACUGGCGCGCGUGAACUUUCUAGCCAGUAAACAAACGAUGUUUGCCAAACUUCCGAAAGUGUUCGCUCUCCAUUUUUCACGUUCAAUUUACCUCCAAAAUGGGAUGACACUAAAGAAUCCCUGCAGUGUAUUAUUCCCCGAGAAAAUUGACCUGACGCAGUAUACGACCACCGGUUAUCUGGCGACCAUGCCUAGUGAGCCGCUUUCAUCACCGUCAUCAUCACUGUCUUCUCCGCUAUUGUCACCAAUGUUAGCUGGCAUCGAGGGUGCCCGCCCUGACGAAGUUCACUAUAGAUUAAAGGCAAUCAUAGCUCACAUAGGGGACCACAAACUCGGUCACUUUGUUACUUACCGGCGUCGAGAAGGACUGGAUUGCUGGUGGCGAUUAUCAGACGAAAAUAUCGAGGAAGUGAAACUGUCGAAAGUUCUAGAGCAAGAGGCGUACAUGUUAUUUUAUGAAAAAGAUCACAUCUAA